AUGGCGUUCCUCUACACAUACCCAGAGGUCGAGCCAUACCCAACGACGUAUGUGCCGCACACAUACCCCGAAAAGGGGCAACACCUGCCGCAUAUCCCGCUGCCAUACCUUGCGCACAAGGCGCACCGGCUGUUGCACGACAAAGACCAAGAGAUCCACAUCCCAAAGGCCGAUUUGAGAGAGACCCGGUUCAACUUCUACAUCGAAGUCGAGUUGCCGGGGAUCUCGGACAAGUCGCAGCUACAUCUGCGCUGGACCUCCAUGCGUACCCUACUGGUCACCAGCAAGAUCGUUCGACCCGAGAUCCCGGAGUCUGAGCUCUUUGAUAUCCCCAUUGUUGGUCCUGCUUCCGAGCCGGCCAAGAAAGAAGCCGACACUACGCCGCCUGCUGCUGAUCCACAGCAGCAGGAACAGCAGGAACCGACAGCGACCGCUGCGCCUCCUCUGGCGACGGUGAAGAAGGAGCCUCACCUCACUGUCCAUGAGCGACAGAUCGGCGGGCAGAUGCGCGGAUUCAACUUCCCCGUCGACUUGGAUCGGGACAACACCCACGCCAAGCUCGACGCUGGGUUGUUGAGGAUCGUGGUACCCAAGCUGCACGAGGAGCACACCGAGCCUCUGCAUGUUACCAUCAAGACUUGA